UGGAGCUCAUAUUGCGAUAGGACGAGAAUCCUUUUUAAAAAGCCACCAGAGAUGUACAACCGCUAGACUCUACUCAACACAUCGAUCACAAGACCUUCAGACAAUCGACCGAUCUCAAUUUGCAACAAUGGUGCUCGUCGCCGGCGGGGGUGUUCCAGCCGUACUGUUUGCGGGGGCCGCACUGGGUUACCACUAUGGGUACGGCGACUCCUACAUGUACUUUUUUCUGAUGUCGAGUCUCUGUUACGGCCUCCUGCAAGACGUUUCCUCUAACGUGAGUGCGAGCGCGUCGAACAAUCGCUACUUCCUGGAGUCUAUCAAAUGUAAAAGUGUCUGGGUCUGGAAGAUUACGAGAUUUGUCAUGCAUGUUUCGGAUCACGCAUAUGGCGUCUGAUGCAGGCAAAAGCAUCACAGGUUUUCAGCACGCCUUAUGAUGCCUGUCCCGCAUGAGAAACUUCCUACUUGCGGACCAAGAAAUGGACAGCUUUUGGCGCUCAUGCAAGACAAGUUUCUGCGGAUUCCAGAGUUUGCAUCACAAGUUCCAACUCUUCCAGACCCAGACAUUUUUGCAUUUGAUAGAGUCGCUCGUGGGAAUCGUUCAGCAGAACCGGAUAUCAAAUGUAAAAAUGUCUGGGUCUGGAAGAAUGCAUGUUUGUCAUGCUUGCCUGGCAUGACUAUUAAAUCUGUCAUGUACGUUGCCCAAGAAACGCAUUUUUCUGUCAUGCGGAGACGCAAUUUGUCAUGCAGAAUAGGCAACACCUACAAGCUCAGAAAUUUGUCAUGCUGAGCCAGCACUUCUGGCCUCUUCAUGAGACGCCACCCAGCAUCACAAGUUUCCAGACCCAGACAUUUUUACAUUUGAUACCGGAUGGCGGACCACGGCGACGAGCGCACGGCGAACAUGGCGCUCGUGCGACUGCUACGCAAGCAGAACGUGUUGCGCGCCCCGUGCGAGGAGGAGACGCGCCACACGCAGCAAACGCCGAAUCCCACCGGCAUGCUGUAUUUCACGCUGCGCUGGUGCAGCGUGCUGCAUUUUCUGGGCUUCCAGUGGCACACGGUGGAAAUCCGGAAGGGCGGAAAUGUGCUCAUUUUCCGCAGCUUCCGGGCGGUGAUCGAUGUGAUCGGAGACCGGUUUUCGCGCGCCGGCGUCGUCGUUCCCGUCGGCACGAAGCACAGCAAGUACUCCACGGGCGGAAAUGGUGGUGCCGGAAAGGCGAAACUUUCCGCGCUACUCAAUCCGGAGGAACUGGCGGCACUGGACAACUUCACAUUCAUUUCCUUUUCCUUCGUCUCCCUGUUAUGUUCUCUCGUCAUUGCGAUGAUUGUGCAGUUUGUCCAGUGGAGAUCCGCGUCCAUCACAUAUGAUGACGAUGACGGGGGUGAUGACGCUGGCGGUGAUAGUACAAGCGGGAACACGCUGCUCACUUUCUUGUUUUCGAUGAAGUGUGUUUUGGCCCUCACCGUCCUAGCCGCUUUCUGCGGCGUCGCGUUUGUACGCUGUUGGCGAAAUUAUCGCCUUGCGUUUCCGGCAACGUUGCGCGGAAGCAGAAACACAGCUGCUCUUUGUAGUCCCGACGAGCUAGUAGCACAUCAAAACGCUACUUCUGGCCCUUCUGCUGCCAUUGGCGGAAACAAACAUGAAAAUGCGCCGCUUGCCUACCCGAUGGUCCUCGCUGGUCAACUGCGGAAGAACACCACUCCGCUCUUGGAACAGCGGGCUACCAGUACUAGCUGCGAGAAAUCUACUUGGCGGAAAGAAGAGUGCACCGAAGGAGCGCACAACGGUGCAGAGCUGUGCGAUUUCAUCGCAACAGAGAAAGAAGCGCCGAAUCAUCUGUUAGUACCCUCAACGACCACAGGAGUAGCAAAGACGUUCUCGGGCACAGUCACAGAAGAUAACGCCCACGAGCAUCUUUCCUCGGCCUCGACCUCCACUCCGGGUAGCGACCGCGGCGGUUCCUUGUUGCUGGAUGAGGAAUUGCGCACUGUGGAUGUUGUUUCCGAUGAACAAGAACAUCAGGACGCGCAUCUCGACCUGGACAUUUUCCUACCAACCGCCGAGUACAAGUGGACAGUCGCAGACCACCGCAUGGAGGGCCGUCCGACCGACAACCUCCGGCCCGAAGCCAUCGCGCGCUUCGGCGCCCAGCUGCACCUCGACCAGUUCGCGUUCGAAUCGUUGGAGAACCUGCACCGCCGCGUGGUGUUGAUCCGCGUGGAGAAGCCGCUGCGACUCGAAGAGCGCCUGGAGAUUGUCAGCGCCGCGCUCGCGAAGUGCCUGCCGCAACUGGACGUGGAGUUUUUCACCUGGGAGCCGCUGCGGUUCGCGUGGCUGAGCAUGUACGCCACCAGUUGGGCGCAGAAACAGGCGGUGAACAGUCCGGAGCGGCUGUUCGUGCCCUUUCUCUCGGUCGGGCGGAAGUUCACGGAUCAGCUGGCGGCCCUGGACGGGGGAGACGCCAACAGCGGGCCGCUCUUUCUGCCAAUCCACCAGAUCGGCGGCGGGACGCCCCUGCAGCCGGAGGCGCGCAACAAAACGGAUCUGCAGACCUGCGUGGGAAUUCUGCUCUCAAAAAGUAAGGUGCCACAGGGCGCAAGCCUCUUCGUCUUCGUGGAAGAAGAUGCGGAAGAUAUUAACGGAGCGACACAGGUCGGUGCGAUCACAACUGGUGCGCGGAGUAGCUCCUCGUGCACGUCGCUGAACACCACCUGCAAGAAACAGACCCGAUCCGUGACGGAAACCUGGCGGCAAAUACUGAAGAACUUCAAUCCCUGCGUGUUGGCUAUGGACGACAUGCGAGUAGUUUCCGGCGCCGCGCCGGUUGACGCACAAAUGUAG